UUUAAUAUAUCGCUUGUUAUCGAAUUAAACAAGUUGAAAUAAUCAUACGAAAAACAGUGACUACUUAUUAAAUAAUAAUUAUAAUUAUAACUUUCAUUUACGGCGAUGAAUUGGAGUGUGUGGUGUCUGUUUGUUAUUUUAGUUAAUCCAGGAUCGUCUUAUGUCAACGACGUUAAUGAUACGACGGUAUUGGAAAAUAGAUUUGCUAGAUGGACUGAACGGAUAGUUAAUGGCAAGAAAGCCAGAAAAGGACAAUUCCCAUUCAUGGUUUCGUUGCAGAAACGAUGGUCUCCAUUACUCCAUUUUUGUGGGGCUAGUAUUAUUAGUGAUAGAUGGAUUGUUACUGCAGCUCAUUGUAUAAUUAGAGGUAGUUCACUUACGCCUAAAUGGGCAGUAAUAGCCGUUGCAGGUGAUAAUAAUUUAGACUCGUAUUAUUCACCCUACAGGCAAAUACGUAAUGUCGAGCAAUUUGUCGUAAAUCCGCGGUUCGAUACAUUGAAUCUCGCUAACGAUAUUGCUUUAAUAUCUUUACAAGCGCCUUUUUUAAUUUCACUAUACGUAUCACCAAUUCCAUUAGCCAAGCGAGUGCCUCCAGCAGGAACAAACUGCUCAGUCUCAGGCUGGGGAUUCCCUGGAGAAAGUAACCGGACUAUUGUCAAAGAACUCAUGUUCGUACAUUUGCCAUUAAUAAGUUACAACUAUUGUGGCAAACUUUUGUGGGGUAUUAUAACCAUGCACCCGAGCAUGAUAUGCGCUGGUUAUUUAGGAGGUGGUAAGGACGCUUGUCAGGGUGAUUCUGGUGGACCAUUUGUAUGCGAAAAUUCACUGACGGGCAUUGUAUCGGGUGGUAGAGGAUGUGCACGUCCUAAAAUACCUGGAUUCUAUGUAAAUGUUGCGUACUAUGUAAAAUGGAUUGAACAGGUAUUGAAAACGAAUGGCAAAAACCACUCGUAUGACGGCUCAACGAGACAUCCAGCUAGUAAUCUAACAGUUGUCAUAAGUAGUAGUAUUUUCUAUGUCACUAGUUGUCUAUUAAUCACUGUAUAUUUAUAUGACAUUGUUAAAAUAUAAUUACCUGUAAUAAAUAAUAU